UUGAGGCUGGCGGCGAGGACGUGGAGCGGGGCGGCGUGAAUGUUGGACAUCGCGGCCGCGGCGCCUGAGGGGGGUGCGGGCCGGGGCCGGCGGGCGCCGAUCCGCUGAGCGCCGAGGUCCGGCACCGUCGGGGGUGGGGAGUAGGGGUGAUCUACCACACGCGGAGCCGAGCGCCGGCUUGUAAACAGAUGCUGACACGUGAUGUGAAGAGUCCGCAUUGUUUCGGAGAUCUUUCUGGAGAACAACAACAGCCGGGAAGGGGAUUCCGUCGUGUUCGGACUGCGGCGCCGGCGGCCCACCGACAGUGCCGCCCGCCGCCGAUCUGAAUGCUGAGGCACUGUCGGCUGCAGGGAGAAGGAGGAGGAGGUGGAAGCGUUUCGAUCAAGAUGGCUGGUCCAGCUCUAAACUUGUAACGGAUGUGGAUCUUACUGCCUUCAUUUUCUGGCCUCCGAGGGGGAUAAACGAUGUCGUUCGCCGUGGAAGACAACCUGGAGUCCGACUGGGUAGCUGUUCGACCCAACGCUUUCGACGAGAAAGAAAAACACAAGUUUGUUUUUAUUGUUGCUUGGAAUGAAGUGGAAGGAAAGUUUGCCAUAACGUGUCAUAACAGGACGAUUCAGAGGAAGAAAAUUGGGGCCAGGGACCAUUGCUCAAGAGGGGAAGAGGAGACCCGAAUGCCGCAAGAAGUUUCGGUGCGGAGCCCAGUUCGAUGCCCUGCCGUAAUAAAGAGUCCAGCUCGAAAGGGGGUUGGGGUUAGAAGACCAACUCGAGGAAGGACCAGUAGCAAGAGUUCAUCUCCUGGAGAAAUUGGGGCCAAGAGUCUAGGGGCUGCUGGGAUUAAUGUGGAGGAGGGCAAAGCGAUAGAUUCUGCUCUUAAUCAAGUUUCUGAUAAAGUGGACAACAGGGUCCAGGACCAAGAUAAAGAUAAUGUAGCCCCAGAUGACAGCAGUUGGGCUGGACUGUUCUCCUUUCAGGAUUUGAGGUCUAUCCACCAACAACUUUGUGCUGUAAAUUCAGAGUUGGAGCCUUGUUUACCGGUAUUUCCCGAGGAGCCUUCAGGGAUGUGGUCAGUGCUGUUUGGAGCCUCCGAAGUGAUUGAUGAAGAAAUGGACGUGCUUUGCUUACAGCUUCAAGUUUAUCUUGGCCAUGCUCUGGAUAUUUGUGGAUGGAAAAUCCUCUCUCAUCUCUUGUUCACUGAAAAUGAUAACCCGGAUGAGUAUUAUGAAAGUCUGAGUGAGCUGAGGCAAAAAGGAUAUGAAGAGGUACUACAGAGAGCAAAGAGACGAUUACAGGAGCUGCUGGAGAAACACAAGGUUACAGAUGUCAUGGUGGAACUGCUAGAACUAUACCAAGAAGAAGACGAUGCUUAUGCUGCUUUAUCAGAAGCCACCACAGAACUCUAUCAAUAUCUUCUGCAGCCUUUCAGAGAUAUGAGAGAACUGGCAAUGCUGAGACGUCAACAGAUAAAGAUCUCAUUGGAGAAUGAUUAUCUUGGACCACGCAGAAUCGAAAGUUUGAAGAAAGAAGAUUCUGAUUGGCAAAGAAAAGCUCAGAGAGCUGUACUGUCUAUACAGGAUUUGACAGUGAAGUACUUUGAGAUUACAGCCAAAGCUCAGAAAGCUGUAUACGAUCGAAUGCGGGCUGACCAGAAGAAAUGUGGGAAAGCAGCCUGGGCUAUGGCAGUAGAGAGGAUGGAAAAGCUUCAGUAUGCAGUUGCAAAGGAAACUCUGCAGCUCAUGCGAGCGAAGGAGAUCUGUUUGGAGCAGAAGAAGCGAACACUUAAGGAUGAAAUGCAAGGUCUUCAGAAUAGCACAGAUGCCAUUGCACGGCUGGACUGGCUAGAAGCUGACUAUUAUGAUGUGCAGCUUCAGUUGUAUGAGGUGCAGUUUGAGAUUCUAAAAUGUGAGGAACUACUGUUGACAGCUCAACUUGAAAGUAUUAAGAGACUUAUUACAGAGAAACGAGAAGAAGUUGUUUACUAUGACACCUAUGAAAGCAUGGAAGCCAUGGAAGCAACAGAAGAUAUGGCAUCAUCAAUGCUCCCACAGAAAAUGGAGCUGGUGAAACUGCAGCAGAAAGUGCGUCAGCUUGAGGCUCGACGAAGUCGCAUUUCAGCCAAGAAAGCCUACCUCAGAAACAAGAAGGAAAUCUGUAUUGAAAGCCACAGUGACAAGAUGAAGCAGCACAAGCAUAGUGAAGAAUACAGAUCCCAACGUGCAGUGCAGCUGGAUCAACAACAGGAAGAAGACAAAAGUAGUAAAUGGGUUAGCCAAGAGCGACAGAAAACAUUGGAUAGAUUGCGUAACUUUAAACAGAGAUAUUCUGGGCAAGUUGUACUGAAAUCCACAAGGUUGCGUUUUACAAAUAUCAGAAAGAAGGAUGCUGGUUUGGUCAGCAAAGGCCAAACACUGUCUCUUCCAGUAACUGUAGAAGUACAAGAAGGAGCUGAGGAACCCCCUUUUACUCAGAAGGAAACAAAAUCUACUGCAGCAACAGAAUUGAGAAAUACAACAAAAGAACAAGAAUGUGCUUCUUUCCAGACAGAAGAGGAUUUGUUGCAACCUGUUUCCGUUUCAAGCCCAUGUAGCAUUGAUGUACCUCCACCACCUCCACCUCCUCUCCCACCACCUCCACCACCACCAAUGCCAGUUUGUGAAGACUCAUCUGAUGCUCUGCAUCAAGUAGAGAAAUCUGCUCAGCCAAGUGACUGCAAAGAGAUAUCACAGUCUGUGAGUUCACCUACACCUCAGUUAUUUGACAGCAAGCAGCUACUAAAUGCCAGAAAAAAACUGAAGAAAACAGCAUCAAGUGAUGAACUGAGAAAACAAAGAGUGAGCUCACCAAUGGAUGAAGUUCUGGCUUCUUUGAAGCGGGGUAGCUUCCAUUUGCGAAAAGUUGACCUACGUUCUUUGCCUCCAUUUCCGGAUGAAGAUGACAGCAAUAAUAUACUUGCACAAAUUAGAAAAGGAGUGAAGUUAAAGAAGGUUCAGACAGAGGCCCUGAGAGAGGCUUCAAUAGAUUUGCAUGAUGCUGAUCCUCUAACACGCAGCAUUCACGAAGCUUUGAGGAGAAUUAAAGAAGCAUCCCCUGAAUCAGAGGAUGAUGAGGAUGAAGGCCUACCAUAUGCUGAAUGGGACAACUAACUCAUUGGCUAAGGCUAUACAGCACAUAAUUUUAAACAUAGCCUUCUGGUUCCUCCAAUGACCUGUUCAUUUUUGGUGGUUCUAUAGAGGAGUGGGUGGUCCCUGAUUAAUAGAGCAAUGUACCCCUUGAACUUGUGCCUAAUAUGAAGUCACUUAAUGUCUAAACUCAUGGGCAGCAUAUAACAUAGCAUUUAAAAUUUCCACAAACUGAUGGGAAGUUUUGUGGCAUUAGUACGGACAAAGGUUAAUAUUUUUAGUGUUUGUGAUUAUGUUGUUCUCACACCCCAUAUGAUUAAUAUGCACUCCCCCGCCCCCCCAAACCCCAAUGCUAAAUGGAGAGGAUAAAGAAAAUACCCUUGGUUUAAAACAAAACUCCAGAUUUCCUGUGCUGCAUUAGUAUUAGGUACAGUUUGAGCUAGCUCAAUUCUAAUUUGAUACUCAGAGUACCAAAGUUCUUAAUUCAAAAAUUAAAAGCAUAUUUCUGUACAUUCAACAAAAAUGGAAGUACAACAGAGUUCAAUAGCAUCAGUAAAUCAUACGAAAUUUAAAUUUGGGUUAGCUACAGCUAUUCUACAAAUUAUCGUAUGUAUAGUAAAAAUUAAAUUGUGUUGCAGUAAUGCAAUGCUUUGUACCCCAAGUCAGCCUAUGGAUUGCCAAUUGUUUGAUCUAGAUAAUUGCAACAAAUGGCAUUGCAAAAUUUUAGUAAUAAAAGGGGCCAGCAAGGUUAAGAUGUAAAAUAAUUAACUACAAAAUAAAAAUUUUACAUUAUUUAAUUAUGUAGCACAAAUUUAAAGACCUAUUUUUGAACAGUUGAUUAAUUAAGUUGUAGGUUGAGUGAUUUAUGUUCAAAUUAUCUGUAUGUGCAAAACAUUUCAGAACCUAGUAUUUCUGAAAGAUUUCAUUAAGAGCUUUCAAGAAAAGACUUACCAUUGUAUCACACAUUUUGACUUACAGAAAUUGAAUAUAUCCAGAGUAUUUUAAUACUUAAGCUCAAUGUUAUUUAGUCUGUACAUUUUGAUUUAUUAUACCUUCUUUCCAACAUUUUAAAAUUUGGCUGAAGUUCUAUUGGUUUUGAUUACUUACCAAGUUGUAUGUGGAACAGUGCAUGGUUCUAAAACCUCCAGUGACACGGCUGGAGACAAAAGGGGCUAUCGGCAGGAAUAUUUUAAAUAACGUAUCAUGUACUACUAAAUUUGUGGAUCAUGUAAACUAAAAUAUCCAUUUUCUUGGCAUAAAUAUAAUUAUUUCUGAUAUCUAUUCAGGGGGGAUAUUUUGUAAUGACGUAUUUGGGGGCUGAAACCACAAAUUAAUGAUUUGCUUUACAGUUUGGGGGGAGGGGGGUGGCGCGGCAACAUAGACUUGACCAGAGAUACGAGGAUAUUUAACUCCUUAUGCGAUAAAGCUUUCAGUUUGAUCUAUGUAUUUCAUUCAGAUUAUUGCCAGUACAAUAAGAAAACAAUGGAGUAGCAAAACUUUGUCGCAAUCCUGUUUCAAAUAGCAUAGUAUUAAAUAGUUUCAGAAAACUUCUUUAGGUGAGCAGAGGGUGCAUUUAAAUCUAAACUUUAAAGUUGAACUGAUAGAUUUGUAUUUAUUUUAUUUAUUACAUGUAUAUUAUAAACUUUUAGGAAGGAAAAUUGGGGUAAGUAUUAGAUUGAUGGAUUCCUUCCCCCAUUCCCACCCCACCCCAAUAACACUUAGUUGCCUUUUCCCUUGGACCAAGGUUAUUUAAGCAUUUGGGAGAUUUAUGAACCUGGCUUAUAUCUUGAUGUGACCGGUGUUGAAUAUCAAUAAUUUUUGACCAUCUUGCAAAUUUACUGCUUCAUGAGUGAUUUAGUAUAUAUUAACCGUAAAGAACAAAGAGCAUAAUUUCAGGAAAAUCUGUUGGUUGUACCAGUAGAAAUGUAUUGUAGAAAAUAAUACUAUCCAUUAGAUCAAUGAUCCAAAGGGAUGGAAGUUGUCAAGUAAAACUUUGUCUGGGAGUUGCUAUGAAUUCUAAUUUGGGUAUCAAAACUGUUUUGCCACAUUCUUCCCUUUUUUAAUGCACUGAUCAAAUAUACCCUAAACUGAAAAUGAAGAAAUUGUAACAACUUCUGAAACAAUAGGUGAAGAUGGAAGUAUCAGUUUGUGUGGCUAUGAGUUUAAUCUUUUGUAGCUUUAUGCAUGCUUGUAAUUUAUGUUUCUUUGACCCAGGCAGUACCACGAGGGUGCAUUUUUGUUUUAUAUUCUUGAUCAAUGUGUGCGUUUUUAUGAAUCAUUUGAUCGUUGAACUGCAUAAAACUUAUAAAAGAAUAAUUAUUUAUUUUCAUAAGCAUUCUGUACGUAUUAGAAAAAUAAUUUGCUCAUUAAUCGGGUUUUCUUAUAACAAAGUCUGAUGAAAAUUUGUUUAUAAUGGAUUCUUAAAUAUAAGAUACUGUUAAAUCAUCCCUGGCACUGUGGUAGGAAUCUAACCUUCCAGGGGACUUAGUGGGUUUUUUGCAUAAUUCCUGCACAAUCCUAAGAAAAAAGUAAACAUAUUCAUUUCUGACAUUGCAUAUCUUGCAUGGGAUUUAUUCCCAAAGGACAAGUUUAUUUAAAUCAAUAAAAUAUGGUUUGAAAAUACCCAAAUGACCACAAGAUAGAGCACAGCUGUUACAAUAUUGUAUUAAAAAAGGCACAAGUUAUUUUACUCAAUUUAACAAGUUGAGAUAUUGUACAAUAUUUUUGCAUGUUCUUUUAAAGAUCAUACUCACGUCAGUAAAAGAGUUUGUGCAAUUAGCUAGGGUCAAAAAAAAAACAAAAGCCGAAAAUGUUGGAGAUGUCAUCCGGAUUUGAAAAUGAGAAUAUAACAAUAGCACACAUUAGCAUGUGUGGCCUUUGACAGACUGGGUAGGGAAAUGGAAGAAAAUUAGCCAAUUCCAUGAUUACAUCUUGAUUAGCCACAAGAUAAUUUGGAAUGAUGUUUUGAAUCUCUAAAAUUAAGACUUAAUUGUAAUGACUACAUACUGUGACUGCAGGCAGCACAUAAUGUAGAAUUUACAGUUGUUAGGCUGCUGUUACAGAUGCUUGGGAAAUAUUUAUAAACAUUUGAAAUAGUGCAGUGGUAUGGUUUACCUGCAUGUUAUUUUCUGGCACAGUGUUCACUUUUAUGUAAAUUCUAAACAAAUUGAAGAGCUUUUAGCCUGUGGUCAUCAUAUCAGCUAACUUUUGUAACAUCAGCAUUUUAAGUAGGAAUCAUUUCUUUAGCCCUUAAUGUGAUUGCAGAUACAAAGCUUGAAUAUGGGCCCUGAUAAUCCAAAUAAUGCUUUUUACCGAAUGCAGUAUACAAACUGCCAUAUGUAUAAGAGCGGCAAAUUGCAAAGGAGGAAACUGCUUAAGUAAAUGAUAAGUCUGUGCAAUUAUUAAUUUCAUGCAAGUGCAUUAGUGAUUUGAACAUCAUUUAUAGGUUAUAUCUGUGUUUCAUGUUGUUUCUCAUCUUUGAAAUAUGAUAAAUUUCAUUCACUUAGUCCUUAACAGACUCAGAUAUGACGUAAGGAAAAAUUAAGGAAUGAGUUUAAGGCACCUUUAGUUAAAAGUUAUCUGUUGCUUACAAGAAUGCUGCACUAAUGAGUGUUACACUUAAAAUUACUCAUUAGCUGCAUUUCAUAUGUUUAGUAAAAGUUAUGCAUUGUAAUAAACUAUGCCUCUGACAUUUCCCAAAACCAAUCUGUUCCAUACAUUGCACAGAGCAAUUUGAAAUGGUGUUUUCAUAGACUUGUUUUAAAUUUGUAGUCUUUAAGUUCAGGUCGUCUUCUAGAUAAAAUUGAAUAGGUGUAAACCUUAUCAGUGAAGAUCUUUAUCUUCACUUCAUUUCCAAAAUCAUAAUUCUUAAUUAAUAGACCAGAAUUAGUAAACCUGCCAUUUGUUGUGUUAACUGUACAUAACAUUACUGAAGGGAAACUUCUGAUAUUUGUUAUGAUAGUCCUGAUUUUGUUAAAAAUUUUCUAUCAAAUCUUUGCUAUGUCUGAAAAUGCAAUUGGUACAGAUUCUGCCCAGGUUAUGAACACCUGACUUUAGGCACACCAUGAAUACAAAUGAGCAUUUGGGAUGGAUAGGUUUGGAUUUGCCAGCUGCAAUGGGGUUGCAGACAUGGGCAUUUCCCCACGCCUCCCCCUGCAGCAGUUGGUGGGGGGAGGGGGAGGGGGAGGGGCUGCUGGAACGAACUGAGCACACUGCUGGCACCCACUCCUGCACUUGCUGUCCUGUCACAGCUGUUUCUGUUAUCCUCUCUCACACAAGGGUUGAAUGGACUCUUACUUCUACUCCUUUUGGAAUCAAUGACAAGAAUUGAUUAUGACUCAAUGUUUACAAGGCUUGAGGAAUAAUUCAGCAACCAUUUCUGAUAGCAUCAAUAAUACUAAUCUUAUGGAAAUGAGUAUGAUUAGAAUAAGUUUACCAAAUCCAAGUUGCAAAGGCGCACCACCCUCGCUCAAUCUAUUGCAUUGAGCUCGAUCACAAUUAACUUUUUAAAUGAUGAAAAAUAUUUUCAGAUGAGGCAGGGCACAGGGAACAAUUAUUACACUUUCACUUUUUAUAUUCUCAUGAAGGUACUUAUCAGAUUCCCCUUUUAAAACAAAGAAUUAUGAACUCUUAAUACAUAUAAUAAAUGCAAGUUUAAUGUUUGUCAUGAUGUUUACAGAAGAUUUAUAAUGUGUACCCUUGAGUUAACCCAUAUAUUGCUGAUCUGGUACCUCUGAGUGCCAGAGACACAACUACAUCAAUUAUUGGAUCAUAGGUAGGAUCCAUUUAUUAUAACUUAUAAAUAAUUUAUAUCAAUUUUGUUAGUAUAUUCUAGAAGAGUUUGGUUGCAGAUAUCUGCUGGAUGAGUGUGUUGGUAAAUGAGGUUUGUUUAGUGUUCAGGUUUUUGCUUUAGAAUGAGUAAUGCUUCCCGAUGUAUUUUCUAAUGGCAGAGCAAUUAAGAGUUAUGAUGUUUCUCCGUUGCAGUGAAGGUCUGAGUUAGGAAAAUCUGGGCACAGUGGCUUUUAAAAGGUGCUCUUGAAGUAUUGUGUAUUUUUGACUUACUAGAAAAAGAAGCAUGGUUCAGAAUGGCAAAGGACAAAUUUUAGAGUGGUGUCAGGAAAUUGUUGAAACAAAGCUUAAUAAAUACAUGAAAUGUUCUUCAGGAUUGUUAUAUGGGUCCCUAAUUUUUGAAUUAAUUCACGGAAAUUUUAAAUGUGGUGAAAGCUCUGUGUUCUUUAUGAAUUAAUGAAAUUGGAUGCAGUAGUUUAUUCCAUGAUUAUCUAAAGUGAUGAAAUAUCACAUUAGUACAGGGAACCAAUGAACCUGGUAUAUUUACAAGUAAGUAGAUUAAAUAUCCUCUUUUGUGUUACCAUGCAUUGGACGUUCAGCACAAAAAUCUGUUUAUAUGUAGGUCUCCUCAGAAAGCUGAAUAAGUUACUUUAGUUAUACAUGCAUGGGAUUAUUUGCAUCCUGGAGUAUUCAUGCUGAUUUUAGUUGUAUCGAGUAUUUACCUGGGGAUCAUCAGUAUUCUGACACAAAACAAUAUUCCUGUCACCAGGACUCUGCUUAGUCAGCAGGUACUAUAAAUUAAUAACCAUUAUGCUGUAAGUAUCUUGUCAUACUGAGAUAAGGUGAUCUAUCUUGAAUUAUCAAGUUCACUUUUUUGUGGAUUACAUAUGAGGAGUGCAGGGCAGUCUGUUCUUCACGAACAGAUUGUCGUUAUGGUCUUAAGGCAGCAGAUUAGAUAAGUUUAGGAAAUUUUCCACUUUGAUGCUGCUUAGUAUUUAUGAGAGUAACUUGGAUGAAUUACAUUGUAUUAUAGUGUUCAUCUAGUUUGAACUUUUAAUUGUACAUCUGGUUUAAAAUGUUAACUAAGAUGUGUUGCUUAACUUCAAAAGUACUGAGUCCACAGAGUAUUUCAUUGGGAGCAAAAGGAAAGGAAAUGUAAACUCAGUUACAUAUUUGAAAUCACACGAAUGCAGUGUUGAGUUUGAUACUGCUUUUGAUUUCAUUCUGACAUUUGACAUUCUGCACUUAUUAUUACCUUUAUCAGAGAGCAAACAAAAGGACUUAACUGUUUGCAGAUUUAAACUUCUGGCAGUAACUACUUUUUGUCUAAUAAUUAAAGUUUUAAGACAUUAAUUAAAAUUAUGCCUAUUUAAGCAAGUGUCCUGAUAUACUGAAACUGUCAUUAAUCAAGUGAUCAAGCCCUGGAGCACAUUAGUGGGGUUUUUGACAAGGCCACAUGGAUGCAAACAAUGAACUAAUGCACUACAUCACAGAACUAAACCAUUGGAAAAAGGUAUAUUGACCGUGGGUUUUCUUUUCCUCUGAAAUUCAAUGUAAUUUAUUUCUGCUGUACAAACUGACAUUUAAUAAAACAAUCUUUUCUAAUAAAUGGAAAGCCGAGAAUGGAGUGAGACGUGAUUGUAGCUGGCAGUAAAAUUAAUCCAUCCAAAAUAGAGGAUCAUACAGACAUCUUGAGCUUUUGAUAGUCAAAAUGUUUCCUCUAAACACCUAUUAAUUUGGUGUUAGGAAUGUUUUGGUGACAUGUUUUUUAAAUAUGUUAGAUAUUUUAGAAACAAAAUAGUGAAAAGAUUAUCAAUGUGAAUUUAACAAAUAUUUUGCGUCAAGAUAUGAUGAGUUAUUUUUGCAGCAUUGCAGUUAAUAUUGCAUUUGCAUGAAAUUGAUCUUCAGAGAUGAAAGAUCUGUAGUUUGAACUGGUAUGCUUCAUUAUUUAAACCAUACAGUUUACAAGAUUCGGUUUGGAAGAAAGGCUGAUGCCAGUUUUUGUUAUAAUGAGUAAAGAAUAUGUAUUAUACUUAGAAAACUGCAGUAGAUAUGCAGAAGAUGGGUUGGUGAGUUGUCUUUUUUAAUCUUCACAUUCUCCCAGGCAGAUGAUGGUUUGGUGUUGAAAAUGAAGAGCUAGUUGUACAGUACUGGUAAAACAAAAUGCAUCUACAAAUUUUGACUUUUCUCUUACACGUAUCAUAGUAUUUAAGUCUAUUCCAAAUUCAGCAUCCAUGUUUUAAUUACACAUAAUUUUAAUGCUUUCUUUUAAGUUGCAUGCUUGAAAUGUUACUGAAUGGUUUGUUAUUUUCCAUGAUUUUAGAAUAGUUUUCAGAGCCCAUGUGACUUCUAACAGUUCUAUAAUUACUGCUAAUUAGUUAUGAUAAGCAGUUGUGAGGAGUCCCAUAUAUUGAGCUUGCAUGGCAGGUAUAAUUCAUUGACCCUCCCCCAGAGUGCCACAAGGGAAGGAAUCUGGGAGUACAAUUUAUAAAUUCUGGAGCUCUUUUUCUCUGGUCUGUGUUCCUAGUAAGAAAUCAGUUUACUGCAAUUGCAUGAUCGUAGCAUUACCUCUGAAGAAAGAUAAUUCUCUUGGCACUUUCUGCAGUGAUCGCUGCUUAAACCAGUCAAGAGCUCUCUGGUUCAUAUCAUGCUCUGUAGAGUUUGUUGAGUCACAAAGUGUCUUCCCUUGACUGGUAGUUAAAAUAUUUUUUAUAUAAAUGACCUAAAAUUGUACAUCCAAAUCACCAGUAAUGCAAUAAUUCAACUGAAAUUGUGAUGUUUAUUUUGCAGCAUAAUUGAAAAAUGGUCAUUUGAUACAAACUACUUUUUUUAUGUUUGCUUUUAAAGGUAGAUGAAGUUUUUAAAAAAUGGUGUACUUUCUUUGUCCCCUUCAUGUGUUUUUUUUUGAUGUAUUCACUGAACGUAUACUGUGUUUCAUGUUGUCUCAUCCCAAAAGUAAGCUGCAACUCAGCUGUAUAGUUUAACAUAGCUUUAUUUUGCACUUACUACAUAAUAUAUACUCUAUGGUCAAGAAAAGUCCUACUGUGUGAUGUGGAUCUACACCAUGCUUGUAAUACCUAGGUUAUGGCAUUUACAAAUCUAGCCGCUAAGAAGCUGCAGUACUGCAGUUUUCUGAAGGAAAUGGGUGAAGGAAAAGACUGACAAGAGACUGGCCUUGUGCAAUAUUUGAAUUCACUCGAAGAAACACUAGCACAAUGUUUUAACUUUAUGGCAUUUAGCAUAUUUUUAAAAAACAAAUUGUAUUCUAAACGGUUAUAAUUAAACCCUUAGUGCGUAAAAAAUAACAAUCAAAUAAUAUUUAUUGAGCAACAUAAAUAUAAAAGAAAUCUUGAGACUUAAGGAUCACGCAGCAAUAUAAUGAAAUGUAAAAUACCUGCUCUAGUUGUCUUCAUUUUACUUUUAUCUAUUCUAUAAGACCUUGACUUCUGUAUUUUAAUCUUGGUAUUUUGUUCUAGUUUAUUUUUAUUGAUGUGUUUAAGGCUAAAGUCCUCACGCACUGUAAUCACCCUUUUAACAUUGCAUUCACUGUUUUGGUGCUGAAAUCUUAUUUCAUUCAAUAAAGUAUGAUAUUUAAUUUA